CUCUUCCGUUCCCAUCCUUCCCCUCUGCCAUCAGAUCUCCCGACAGAAGCCGCGGAUGGAGAAGAAGACGCACGAGUUCAAGGCGGGCAUGGUGUGCGAGGGCUGCUCGGGCGCCAUCACACGGAUACUCAAGAAAAUAGAGGUCAGCAGGGAAGGAAGACGACACAGAAGGCCUGCUGACACCACAGAGGGAACGCACGUGAAAGAUCUGUGUGUGUGACUUUGUGUGUUGGGGCAGGGCGUCGAGGAGGUGACGUGUGACGUGCCGGCGCAGCAGGUGAUAGUCAAGGGCACUGCCGACAUGCAGAUCAUGCUCGACAAGCUCAAGAAAUGGGGAGAGGCAUCUGACAAGAUGGUUGAGUACGUCGGAGAAAAGUGACAAGCCCGACGCCUUCUUUUUGUGUUUGCGGAGAGAGAGAGCGAGAGAGAGAGAGAAGACGACAGCCGUUGUUUCUGUGGUGGUUAUGUGUGAACGGUUGGAUGAGG